UUUAUGAUGAUCUGCUGACCUUUCCCCUACUUUGGUUUUCCCACCAAUUCUAUGUUGUUUACCACAGCUGACCUUUCCUCUACUUUUGAAGCACCAUGUGAGCUGCAGCUUCCAAUGAUGGAGUGAAUCUUGCUUAUUCAAAAUGGAGGCCAGGAAUACAAAAUGGAGUCUUGGGGAGUUUCUCUAGUAUCCGCCCCUGUUCUUUCUCAGAAAAGAAAGAAAACAGAGAAUGUUUUUUCCCCCAUCUAGGUGUGAGAAGUCGUUUCAGAAACCAGUGGCUGUGCCAAAGGACCUGGGAAAGAGACUCAGCGUCUCUUCCCAACGAAAUGUUUGUUUACAGGAGUCUCUGAAGAAAUUCAAAGAGUCCCUGCCCUAUCAACUGAGCUUUCUGAUAUCAAAGGCAGAGAAAGAGGUGCAGGCCACUCUGGAUCCAGACCUGGCAAAUCCCUGUUCUGUCGUGUCCACAGAUGAGAGUGUGAUACAUGAAUACCAACACACAGAAUUUCUGGAGAAACAGAACAGGUUUUACCCUGCUCCCUGUGUGCUGGGCUCUACGGGCUUCACCUCAGGGAGAUGUUACUGGGAAGUGGAGGUGGGGAACAAAAAUCAGUGGGUAUUGGGCAUUGCCAAACUGCCUGUGAUAGAUCAGGGAGUGAUAAGCCCUGUGCCAGGGGAGGGGGUCUGGGCUUUGGAGCAUACAGCGAAUAAGUACUGGGCCCUCACCUCUCCUAAGUCUCCUCUGGACCUACUUUCUGGCCCCAGUAAAAUUGGGGUUUAUCUAGAUUAUGAAGGGGAGAAAGUUACAUUUUAUGAGGUUACAUUUUCUGGAAGAGAGCCAAUCUUUACUUUCACAGCCUCUUUCACUGGGAAAAUCAUCCCCUUCUUUGGGAGCCGGCAUGUAGAAUUUCAGAGUAGAAACAGACUUGAUCCCUGGUAUGCAUACCAUUAAGACCAUGACAGAGGAAUGGGUAUCCCUCAAUAUGAGAUACCUUAAGUAGAGCAAAGACAUGGAAAAUAUAUAAAUUAUAGCUAUCACACAUUGCCAUUACAGUCUUGUCAGCCCCAAGCAUUCAAAAAUUAUGUGUCAGGCCCCCUAAAAUCAUGAGAUUGGCUUUAAAAUCUUUUUUUAAUAUUCAGUUAUUUUUCUUUGCCUUCUGGUUUCCGAGCUUUCAGGGUGUUCUUGUUUCCAGUGUUCAAGCAUUUCUACUAGGGCUGUCAAUUAAUCAUAGUUAAGGCAUGCGAUUAACUCAAAACAAAUUAACACUUUUUUUUUUUAAAGGAGCAUCAAUUGCACAUCUCUGGAGACGGGACUCGGCCGUGGCCAGGCAGGGAGGGAGUCACCAGCUGGGUGAGGGGGGCCACUGUCUAGGGCGCUAUGCUCAGGGGAGCACUGCUACAUGCCUCUGGGGUAGGGUUGCCCCUCCUCCCGCCACCCUGCUCCACUGCUGCUCACACCUCCUCUCCACUCCUCAUAGAGCUGCUCUUGGGUAAGCUGCUCUGGACCAGGAGCCUGUCUCCUGUCUGCUGUGCAGAGCUGGGGGGCUGAUGUUAGGGUGUCCUCCUCCCCCAACCCGUAUACCCAGUCACCACUGAGCUGGGUCAGGGAACGGGGGAGCCUGUCUGCUGCUGGCUCAGGAGUGAGUGCUGCCCACAGCAGCUGCUGCUAUAUGAACAAGUGUUCAGGCUCCUGAGUACCCUGCUUAAAGAGACAGAGUGAUGACACGCUCAGGCAUGCACACACUCCCCCCAACACACAAACUCUCUCACACAAUCCCCCAAUACACACAUUUUGUGCACACAUACUCUGUCAUGCAUACACACUCCCCCAACACACACACACUCUCAUGCACAGUCUCUCUCACACACUCCCCCCAACACACACACUUGUAUUAUUAUUGGUGUUUUUGUUGUUGUUACUUCUUGGUACUUCCUGUUGAAAUGUGUAAGGCACAUAUAUUCUAUGUAAUUUUAUUCUUUCAAAGUUCAUUAAGGAUUACAGUGCUGUUAUUUCAGUUUUUUGACUGGUCUAUGCAUUUCAUAAAUUUCUCUAUUAUGAUUAAAUUUAAUUAAUUGAGAAGUGAGUUCUAAAAUGCCUAACCUGUCCUGCCCUGGCUGCAGUAAUUAUCCUUACUUUUAUUACCACACUGUGCUUUGUCACUCAUUAUUUAAAAUGGUACAAUCAAAUAAUAGCAUCCUUCUAGAAUGUAAAUUUAGCUUGUACUCACCUUAGCAUUGCCAGUCUAAAAAAAGUUAUCUAAACAAACACAACUUUAGACACUGUGCAGAUGAAGGUCGCUUAUUUUCAAAUGGUAUUUUUAGUUAUAUCUGUAAAAUAACUUAAAAUUCAUACAAAAAUAAAUGUGGUUCCAAGUCUGAUACUAAUAGUAAUG